AUGGCGGACGUAGUAGAUUACCCUCGAGUCGCGCCUUCCCUCGCCGUUCCUCACUACGCGCUGCGCGUUCACGUUAGUACCACAGCGUGCCUCCUCCUGUUACUCCUCUACUGCUCACCGACGUCGGCUUUCCGGCCCAUAUCGAGGCAGAUUGUUUCGAAGCUGCCUGCUGCUCGCCGCGGAUCCUCCGCGCGGAUGGUUCCGCCUGGCGUGGCGCAGCUUCUCGCUGCGCGGCGGGCGGAGAGAGCAUCCGCGGGGGGACGCAGAGGCGGGUACAGCCGGUCAGGGAGUUCCGGGUUGCGCGCAUCCUCCGCAGCCGCGCCGCAAGCUUCCGCGGCUGACACGGCGGCUCUCAAGGCGAUCUUCACGGCCGCGCUGCUACCUAUCCCGGCGAAGCAGCCGAACGCGUGCACGUGGCCCGGCGCCCCGUCACUUAACUUCCUCCUACGCUACCUCCCCUUCCCCGCACCCCCCAGGCGCCAUCCCCGCCUUCUGCUGGGUGAUCAAGCCCUCAUCUUCCUCACCUACUACUAUUUCUUCCUAUUUUCCUGUCUCUCCCCUCCCUGCUCCUCGUCCCUCGCCCCAUCAUCCCCCCCAGGCACCAUCCCCGCCUUCUGCAAGGGCGAGGACCAAAUGUUUUACCUUAAUCUCGCCUCCAACGACCUCUCCGGCCCGCCCACCCCGCUCUCCUCCCCCGCCUGCGCCGCCUCCCUCGAAUUUCUCAACCUUGCUUCCAACCGCUUGUCCGGCCCCAUCCCCGCUACAAUCAGCUCCUUUACAAACCUCACGCGCCUGCGCCUCGACAAUAACGCCCUCACGGGAGCGAUCCCAGCUGCCAUGGUGUUUGCUGAGGAGAGGAAUCGUGGUGAGAUUGAUGGGGAGAUUGAUGGGGUUAGAGAGGAAGGGGACGAUGCAGAAACAGAGGAGAACGAAUCCAGGGUGGGAUUUGGUGCUGCUUUUGGUGCUAGUGCUGGUGGUGGUGCUGGUGCUGUUGGUGGUGCUGGUGCUGCUGGUGCUGCUGUUGGUGCUGUUGGUGGUGGUGCUGGUGCUUGUGCUGGUGCUGUUGGUGUUGCUAUUGGUGCUGUUGGUGGGGAGGCAAGGGGAUCAGCCGCAGCAAUGCCAACAGGCGCACACGUGGUGGCAGAGGCAGCGGCAGCGGCAGAAGCAGCGAUAUUUUAG